AUGUCGGCAUCCGUCAGAUCCUCCUCCGACUCGGCACCUGCGUUGUCUGAGACUUUGCGAUUUAUCACGAAUGUCAAGUUGAAGGAGCUCGAGAAGCAGAGUAAAGCUUAUGCUCUCCACUCUCAAGUCAUCGCGCAGGCCCCGACCACCCCACACCUCGUGUCCCGAGCCCAGAUGUUGUUCGAUGCGCUUCAGGCGCAUCCUGCUUUACGGCUCGGGCAGGGGGAGACCAUAGGAGGACAUCUUGACCCAGAUAAUCUUCGAGUCUGGUUAGAACAGGCGCACAUUGACGGUGGCGUCAGCGACGAUAUCGUGCGCGGCUGGAUUCAGGUGCUUGAGGGUCACAUCAACACGACCGGCCAGCGUCUUGAGACCGCCAAACUCUUCGGCAAUCUGUUAAACGAAUGGCUGAUAGAUGACGCCACUCACGCCACGAGCGCAGGCGCCGAAGAGCAUAGCACUGAACCUGUAGAAGUCGGUAGGAGGGAGAUGUUUGAGCAGCGUGACAAAUUGGAGGCCCUCAUCUUCGAAGCGCCCGCUAUCGACGUGCCUGCGCUCGAGUCGUAUCUCAUGAGCCUCUUCAGCGAGCCCGAUAGCACGCCUGUGCUCAAGAUCUUGCGCGACAUGGUAAAAGAGAGGACCGAAAACUUGUUGAAGGAGGAGGUCAAGGGUGACGACAUCAAAUCGGUUAUCCAGUCCAUCCUAUCCGACGCCAAUCUAUCCGACGCGAAACGGGCAUCGAUGCGCGGCUUCUUGGAGAGCCAGAUCAUUCUCGACGAGAUUGCCAGUGUGCUCUCCGUGAGAAAAACCUCUCUUUCGUCUUGGGCUUGGGCGGAGGGUGGUAUUCUCUUAGAGAUGCGCCGUGCUCUGAACGGAAAGUACAGGGCAGCUACGGACCCGGAUAUCAUGGAUAUGAUCCUUUUGCAGUACGUCGGUCUCAAGCUACAGCCAAUCUUCAAGACUGCUUUCCGCACGCUGUACGAUAACAAGGCUGUGUGGAAGCAGAGCGAGCCUCGCUUUACGAAGGAGCAGAAUACGCGCUGGAGGGCCAUGAUCGGCUCGUCUCGCGAUUCUAUUACCAGAUCCCGCACAACUCUGCAGCGAGAGCAGUUCAUCUCCGGGCAAUUAAUCGACCACGUGCAACAAUCCAAUAAGGAAAUGGCCGGGUAUCGCGAGGGAGGAGAUGAUGCUGGGACGGAUUUAACCACCGACGUGGAAGCCCCAGCUGCGACCGUGCCGCAGGCGUUGCUGCAUCUUGUCUCUACAGAGUGUCAGCUCGCGAAACUCGUGAACGGACAGUUCACGGUCCUCACAACUGAUCUACGCUGGUUCGGGCCUUCUCUCGCGCACGAGACCAUCCUUACAGUGAUGAGGUUCUUGGGUCUUCCAGAUCCAUGGCUGGGCUUUCUUCAAACCUUUCUUCGAAUGCCUCUUCGCUUCGGCCCAGACGCUCCGAUACGCGUUCGCGAGCGUGGCACGCCCUUCAGUUACGCACUAGCUUCCCUUGUCGGCGAAUCCGUACUAUUCAUGAUGGACUUCGCGGUCAAUCAGCGCACGAGUCUCUUCCUUUGGCGUAACCACGACGAUGUCUGGCUGUAUGACGCAGAUGCCGAACGUGUCACUGCGGCGUGGGCCGAGAUGCAACACUACGCUGACCUGGCUGGUCUGUCCUUCAAUGAGGAGAAGACGGGAGCGGUCUCCGUUGGUAGCAGGGUUCACGAGCGACUCCCAAGUGGCGACGUGCGCUGGGGUUUCCUCAAGUUCAGUCCGGAGAGCGCGCGCUUUGAGAUCGAUCAGAGCGAGGUGGACAAGCACAUCGAGGAACUUCACCGCCAAAUCCGUGCCGCGCGCACCGUGUUCUCUACGGUGAACGUUUGGAACAAGUAUCUCGCAUUCAUCAUGCGUAAUUGUGGUGAUAGGCCUGCGCGCUGCCUAGGCUACGACCACGCAAGGGAGAUGGCCGACACGAUCGCACGCGUACAGAAGUCAGCUGUGCCUGGUGGCGGUGACAUUGUAUCGCACUUGCGCGCUCUCAUCGGCCAGCGCUUCGGGGCCAGCGACCUGCCCGAGGGUUGGUUUUAUCUCCCGAUGAAGGUCGGUGGGCUGAACCUCAGGGGGCCUCUUCCUGAAUUAUUCGCUGUCAUGGAUGCUUUUCGUCGCGAAGAAGACAAGACUGGCUUCGAAUGCUGUCUCGAGGAAGAGCGUCAGCACUACCGGGCCUGCCAGGAGCACUGGGAGGAUAGCCUAGACGACCGACUGGAACUUGCGACGCAGAACGAGUUUAUCAGUUACGAGGAGUACAUACAAGGUCGCGAGACGCGCCUUUCUGCGUGGGCGAGCCGAUACGAUCUCUUGAAGGUGGUCCCGCUGCCAUCUCCUGUCCAUGAGACCCCGAGCGUCGAGGCCCUGCUUUCGCACUCUAGCGGAAAUUGGGAUACCAUGCCGUUCUUUGAUAAGUGGGUGGUGGCGAUGUACGGCGAAGGCGUGGCGCAAAGAUUCGGUAGCAUCGAGCCAGUCGAUUCGACGCUCAUUCCGCUUGGAAUGGUCAACGUACUCAUACAGUCGAGGAUGAAGUGGGAUCAGUAG